GACUUGUUGGAAUCAUGUCGCGUCGAGGUGGCGGUAGCGCCGGCGGUUUUUCCACGCGCGGUGGAGCAAGCGGAUCGUCCAGUGCCAAGCAAGACGUCCAGCUGUCCAAGUUGCUCUCGUACAUUCUGCGCCAUGGUGCGCACAAGCAAGGCGUUCCCAUCAGCCCUGAAGGCUUUGUUGAUGUCGAGGUACUUCUUGGUUUUCCCGAUUUCCGCGCUUACACGGUGGCUGACGUGCGCCGGGCAGUGACGUCCAGCGACAAGCAGCGAUUCGCAUUGGAAGAGCGCAUCACUGAUGACAAUCCCGUUGCAAGGCUGUACAUUCGAGCAAACCAAGGUCAUACUAUCGAAGUGGAGGCGCUCGAGCUCUCGCCAAUUACGGCAAGCGAAGAUGCACCCAUCGUUGUGCACGGAACGUACGAUGCCGCUUGGGACCUCAUCAAGAGCCAAGGGUUGUCGCGCAUGAAACGAAACCACAUUCACUUUGCCGUUGGGCUUCCAGGAGCGAGCGGCGUGAUUAGUGGCAUGCGUUCGGACGUGACUGUGCUGAUUUAUUUGGAUGUGGCUCGAGCGCUUGCUGACGGCAUCCCUUUCUUCCGAUCAAGUAACAACGUCAUUCUCUCGCCUGGACUGGAGAAUGGCUCGAUUCCAGCAAAGUACUUUUCGCAGGUCCGGCGCUGCAAGAAUGGCGUUGCAGGAGCUUCGCUUUUGUGAGAUUUUGUUGGUGAAUUUGAACCAUAUUAGAAUAGAUAACAUGAUGACUGCUCAACCACGCAUACAUUGAGCUCGAUAGUCAAGGGGAGAAAGGACCAGAACGCCCAUGUUUGC